AUGGAUUCCAAGCCUCGCCGGCUGCCCUUUACGGUGUCCAGCACCCCAUCGUCUUAUUCUUCCCAUUCAUCCUCUUCCCCCUCCUCCCUGGGAUCCAGCAGGCUCUAUGGAAGAUCCAAUGUCCUGAACAGUGAUCGAUUCACCAGGGCCACGCCCCUUAAACCUGACCUCGACCACCAGGUACUGAACUGAACACCGAAUGAGUGAGAAAAUGGCAGGUCACAUACAUUUGCUGACCCUAAAUGUCAUUUAGGAUUCCUAAAAUAUGUGGCCUCUAGGCCUGGAUUUGAAUGAGAAGUUUCUGCCGGUUAACAAUGAUAAGAAGACUUAAAAUGUGUUUUAUAAACAAAGGAAGGGUAAGGCUAGGCAGGUGGGACAAGUUUAGCCUGUUUUCAUGAAAAAUAAUGUUCUCUUUCAAAUAAAUGCAGUUGAGUGGGUCAUUAUUUUCUCCCCCUAAGCACCAGGCUUUCUUUGCUGACUUUUGUCUAAGGGAGUCUCUUUUGCUCUCCCUCUUGGCUCCAGCCCUCCUCUCUAUUUGGCGAGCUAGCUGUGUUCAGAAGCAGAGAAGGUAUCUGUGUACUUUAGCUGGAGCUUUUUAUAGGCCAGCCUAGAUUAAGUUACUACUGGGCUGCCUGUGUCUGUCUAUUUGACUACUCUUCCAGAAGAGUCCUGGGCCCGGCUGAAAUGCACAAUAAACAAGUGACUUAAUUGACACGUUUGCAAAUGCCUUUGAGUAGAAUUACAGAAGGCUGUAGACAUUUUUGAGUACCUUUGAAUGCGUUUGAUGUUCAAAACAAAUAUCAAUGGCAUUAUGUGAAAUAUUAUGGCAUUAUUAUAUUUAUCUAGCUAGCAUACAAGAAUGUAGGAAUAAUUGGUACAAGGAUAUUUAGACAAAUGUUUUGCAGUGUUUCCCCUAUAUUCAUUUAGCAGUGGCAGCCUCCGCUGCGAAAUCGUUGCCGCCACUCCAAAAAAUAGGUUCCUCCACUGAUUUUAUGUUUGAGUCGCUCUGCUAGCUUAAGAACACUGCAGAAGCAUGGCAAAAUGUGUAGAUUAGUAGUAAAAAAAAAUGUAACAGCUAAAUUGUCUGAGAGGGCCUUUACAAUUUUUGGUCUUAUGCCAUUGGCCACGCCCAACUAUAAUUUUGCCACAGCUGCUGAAAAAUAUCCUAAGGGAAGCACUGUGCUUUGAUAUGAUCUGUUUUACCACUCAUCUCCUGUUUGUGGUGAUCUUGGAUUUGUCCCAUGUACCGUGUCAGCUACCUUACAUUGCUCUAUGUAUUGCCUUGCAAUGACCCCAUGUGUUUUCAUGCUCCGUGUGUCUCAGAGCUCUCGGUUCCUCAGCUCGACCAGGGACUACAGUAGUUCUGAUAGCCGCCACUCCAGCUGGAAAUCCCCUCUGACGACCUCCUCUGUCUCCUACGAUCGCUCCUGGGCCGACUCCUCUCUGAGCAGCCGCAGCAAACUGGUAAACGCACGAUAGAACACGAUCUUGUUCAUUAUGGAAUUGUUUUAAGAUGGUCAUACCGUGGAUCAUUUAGCUAUUUGAUUUGGUAUUUUAGGACCCCUUUAGGUAUCAAUAAAAAAAUGUUUUUUUUUUGUUAAAAUAUAGAAUUUGGCCUUUACUACGAUAGCUCAUAGAAACGAAUUGAAUAAAACAUUUUUAUAAAUUGCAAAAAAUGUCAAAAAAAUGUAUCAUAAGGAUUAAGGUUUUGAAGUGUCUAUCCUAUAUCUGGGAGAUAUAAGCAAGCUUGGGAAAUAUCAGUUUUUUUUUUUACCCAUAUUUAACCCCUUAUUUUUGUUGGCACAACUACCUCAUACUGCAUUUUACAUUUUUAGUCAUUUAGCAGACACUCUUAUCCAGAGCGACUUACAGGAGCAAUUAGGGUUAAGUGCCUUGCUCAAGGGCACAUAGACAUAUUUUUCAACUAGUCGGCGCGGGGAUUAGAACCAGCGACCUUUCGGUUACUGGCACAACGCUCUUAACCACUAAGCUACCUACCAGUUCGAACGCGACGUUUCGCGAGAAGACCGACAUUUUAUUUUUUCAGGAUGUCUCAUGGUCUGACCAACACCGCUGUAGCUCGGCCACCUUCCACCGCAGAUGAGGAAGAGCGACAUAAGCGGAUGUGGUGGAUUGAGACGCAUCCCAUGCUAUCUCUAGCUUAAACUGAUGGAUUUUGAUGGACUUUUUUUAUUAUGUUACAUAGAUUGAUGCACAUGUGCGUUAAUAGACGGUUAAGGAUUAAGCAGUUUGACUCAGACUAACUUCUGUAUCCAUACAUUUAUAUUACUGAUGCGCACACUUGUUUGAAGUUCAAAGUGCCGUUCAAGCCCAUUUUUAUUCAUGUGGCGGUAUUCUGUGGGUGGUUUUAUCAGACUGAUUCAGAGAGAAGACUGGGGACGUACUCAGGACUUCUCAGCAACACAACUGAUGAUGGGGAUACCAAACGGGCCAAACUGUCCUACACCAACCGAGCUGCAUAUACAAGAAGCCCCUCCUCCUCUGUGACUGGCUCCUCCUCCUCCAGCAGUGUCCUCAACAGAGACUCUGGUAUCUGACCCCUGGUUCUAUUUUUAAAGGGAUAGUUCAUGAUUUAUGAAUGUUUUCAGUCUCUUUCCUUGAGUCCUUUUUUAACAUAUGAAAAUACCUGAUGUUUUAAAUGUGAACUUUUCCUGUACAUUUUAUUUUUUUAUUUAGCCUUUAUUUAACUAGGCAAGUCAGUUAAGAACAAAUUAUUAUUUACAAUGACGGCCUAAAUAUACUGCUGUUUAGUUUUUUUUUUUUAAAGGGGGUAGAUCAGCUUUAAUAUUGCAGAAAGAUUGUAACUUCCAUCAAUAUAAUUGUCAGCAUCACUUCCAACCCCCAUAUGUUUUUUCUCGCAAAAAAAAAGUGUGUAUAUAUAUAUAUAUAUAUAUAUAUAUAUACACACACACACACACACAGAGCUGUGGAAAAAAAUUAAGAGACUACUGCAAUUUUUUCUUAAAUCAGGAUCUCUACAUGUAUGACAGCCAUUCCAUUCCAGUGUCUGUUGAAUUCCAACACAGGCACACCUCAUUCUACUGAAUUAGGUACUGAUUAGGUGAUCACCUGAACCAAAUCUUGUUUAAUAAGGAAAAGUAUAAAAACCACUGCUGUGGUCAUCACUAUCCUCUUGCAAUAGGACCAGCUGGAUGGCAAAAACAGUGCUAAUAGUACCUCAAAAGUAAUAUUAAUCAAAAAAUAACUAUUGACCAUGCCAAAAGAGUUGAAAAGGAAAGAUCUGAGUGAGGAAAAGAAGGGGUCAAUUCUGUCUACUGGCAGAGGGAUACAGUGAGCGUCAGGUUGCUUCCAUCCUUAAAAUGUAAAAGACGGCGGUUCAUAAGAACAAGGUCAAGCAGCAGACAUUGGGGACAACAAAGCUGCAGAGGGCGAAAACGACUCUCUACUGACCGGGAUGACCGCCAACUCAUUUGAAUGUCACUUAACAACCGUAGGAUGACAUCAAGUGACCUACAAAAAUAAUGGCAAACGGCAGCUGGAGUGAAGUGCACGGCGAGGUCGGUUUGAAGCAGGCUCCUAGGGGCAGGGCUGAAGUCAUGCAAAGCUAGAAAAAAGCCCUUCAUCAAUGAGAAGCAAAGAGCCAGGCUGAGGUUUGCAAAAGACCAUAAGGAUUGGACCGUAGAAGACUGAAGUAAGGUCAUCUUCUCUGAUGAGUCCAAUUUUCAGCUUUGCCCAACACCUGGUCGUCUAAUGGUUAGACGGAGACCUGGAGAGGCCUACAAGCCACAGUGUCUCGCACCCACUGUGAAAUUUGGUGGAGGAUCGGUGAUUAUCUGGGGGUGCUUCAGCAAGUCUGGAAUCGGGCAAACUUGUCUUUGUGAAGGAUGCAUGAAUCAAGCCACGUACAAGGUUGUCCUGGAAGAAAACUUGCUUCCUUUUGCUCUGACAUUGUUCCCCAACUCUGAGGAUUGGUUUUUCCAGCAGGACAAUGCGCCAUGCCACACAGUCAGGUCAAUCAAGGUGUGGAUGGAGGACCACCAGAUCAAGACCCUGUCAUGGCCAGCCCAAUCUCCAGACCUGAACCCCAUUGAAAACUUCUGGAAUGUGAUCAAGAGGAAGAUGGAUGGUCACAAGCCAUCAAACAAAGCCGAGCUGCUUGAAUAUUUGCGCUAGGAGGGGCAUAAAGUUACCCAACAUCUAUGUGAAAGACUGGUGGAGAGCAUGCCAAGACGCAUGAAAGCUGUGAUUGAAAAUCAGGGUUAUUCCACCAAAUGUUGAUUUCUGAACUCUUCCUAAGUUAAAACAUUAGUAUUGUGUUGUUUAAAAAUGAACUUGAACUGAACUUAUUUUCUUUGCAUUAUUUGAGGUCUGACAACACUGCAUCUUUUUUGUUAUUUUGACCAGUUGUCAUUUUCUGCAAAUAAAUGCUCUAAAUGACAAUAUUUUUAUUUGGGAGAAAUGUUGUCAGUAGAUUAUAGAAUAAAACAAAAAUGUUAUUUUUACCCAAACGCAUACCUAUAAAUAGUAAAACCAGAGAAACUGAUACAUUUGCAGUGGUCUCUUUUAAUUGUUUUCCAUGUAUGUGUGUAUAUAUAUCGAUCAAAAAAAUAUUUUUCUCUUUAUUACUUUCCAACCCCACCACCCCUUCCCUAAUUGGAGUAAACUAGUGAACAACAAUGCUUAGGCCUCUACUUCCAGCUUAUACAUACUAUAUACAUUUUAUGGUCAGUCAAUUUUACAAUAAUUCUAUUUUGUUUGUUUUUACUCCUGAACUUCCUCUCCGAUCAUUUUUCAUGAUGUCCAUCCGGUUUGCUUCUAUAUGCCAUAUCUUUCUAACUGUGCUCUUUCACAAAAGCUCUCAACCUAUAACCUAUGUACUUAUUAUACUGCUGUUAGUUUCCAUACACUUGAUGAGCACAGGUCUUGUGAUAAUCAUGCAAAAAAUCAUUGCCAUUGCUUUGAGUGAUAAUAAUUAUAUUAAAUCUUCAGCUAACCUUAUGACAUUGAUUAAACAUAUUAAUGAUUCCUAAAUCCUUCGUGCUUUAGCCAAUGUAUAUUUUCUAACAUGCAGGUGAAUAACAAACUGGCACCUUGUGUUUAGAUUUGUCGUCGUGGAAGUCGUACCGGCCUCUGUCCAGGUCGUCGUCCUCCUCCUCUUCUUCCUCCUCCUCUUCCUCCUCAGAGCCCCUGUGGUCCAGAAGGGAGCUGGAGAGGAGGAGUGAGGGGAGGAGUCUGUCCAGUGUGGCUGACACUAUCAGCUAUAAGAGCUCUGGACUCACCUCGUCCCUGUGUAUGUUCUUACACACACACAGUGGCUCAUUUGUGUGCAUUUACAUAUUUACGCACACAUUCAAUCAUAAAUCUGACACAUUUACAUACUCGCACACAAACAUAAUACUGACAAUGUGGACAUAUUUGUGUUUCAGACCGGCCAGACCGUGUGACCUCCACCUAUGCCCAGGGGGCCCGGCCCAAGGAGACCCUCUACUCUUCCUCUAGCAGGGAGAGCAGCUCCCUCAGCCGGCACCUCUCCUCCACCUACCAGCGUUCCCCACUGGCCCGGGACUUCUCCACCACCCGGGCCACUGGCCGCUCCCUGACCACCUCUACCCUCCGCACCACCAAGGAGCCCACUGAGAGCCCAGAGCCCACUCUAGGAGUCUCCUCCUCCGUCUCCUCUCGCCCCUCCUCUUGGUACACAACUCCCUCAGCAAGACGGGAGGCCCGGGACUCCAGCCCCCCUCCCGCCGCACCAGUCCCCACCCCGAGGCCAACCCCGGAGGGUGGUGAGGCAUCGGAUGGACGUCGCUCCACCCGCCGCCUCCUCUCCCGCCUCUUCUCUCGGCGCUCCAGCCAGGACUCCAGCGGCUCCAGCUCUGGCUCCGCCUCCCGCUCCUUCGACUCAGCCGAGGACAGCCCUGUCGUUGGAGGAGACUGCCCCAGCCACACCCCCGUGGCUACCAGCGAGGAGAGCAUCCGACCCGUGAGCGUGGAAUCCGUUACCAGAGGCUCUGACGCGGCCCAGGCCUUUGCCUUCCUGAGGCGUCGCAGACAGGGCCUGUCCCCGGUCCAGGAGGGCCAGACCCAGCAUGCCCCGGAGCCCCUGGAGGCCUGGAGAGGGGGCAGCAGCAGCACCAGCGGUGGUGUUGGAAGUAGUAGUAGUACUUCGGGUUCCUCCUGGCUCUCGUCUUCCAUCCGGACCCGCUGCACUCCUCUCUUCUCCCGCCGUAGAAGAGAAGGACGGGACGAGAGCGCUCGCCUGGCGUCCGGUGCCGAUGAGGAUUACCGUGGUACCCAGUUCCCCCUCAGGGGAGACACCCCCGAGGCCAAGGCUGACGAAGAGGAGGAGGAGGAAGACGAAGAGGAAGGUGCGGCGGCAUCCUCGGGGGCGAUGGGCGCUUGCGCCGCCCUACAGGAAGAGUUGAGAGACGUGGCGGGGAGUAGUCAGCGUUUGGCGAGGUUCAUGAGCAGCCCGCUGUUCCGCGUCCACGACAACGUCAUGAUCGCCGUGGACAUGACAGGCGCCGCCAGGAGCCAACCGGAGGGCCAGGAGAAGGAUAAGCCUGCCUCCUCCAGAGACCCUGAGAGACUGAGGAAGAUCCAGGAGAGGUGGGGACGCUGUCCUUCUCUGAGCUUACUGGGGAGUGGGCUGAACCUGCAUGCUUGUGUCCCACCAUCUGUUGUACAUAGCACUGUCCCUGUGUUGUCCAUUGUCUUUAAUGUGGCCACACUCGUCUUGUCAUUCAAAUGCCUCUUUGGCUGGACCACCACUUUAAUUAUUUUACUCUGUCAUUCUUCUCUGAUUUGAAUGGUUGAUAACUGUAAAUAAACCUCUUUCUCUCUCCCCUGUAGCCUGCUGUUGGAGGACUCUGACGAGGAGGAAGGGGACCGGUGUCGUAUUUGCCAAAUGGGUGAGGACUCUCCUUCCAACCCCCUGAUCGAACCCUGCCGCUGCACAGGCAGUCUGCAGUAUGUUCACCAGGACUGCAUCAAGAAGUGGCUGCGCUCCAAAAUCAGCUCUGGUAAGAACACAUUUCUUUCUCUCUCUGACCUUAACAAAUGACUUCUGCCCCUAGGUAUAAUGCAUUGAUCCCACAUUCUUGCCAUCUUUCGCUUUCUUGUCCAGGCAAUAAUCUGGAUGCCAUCACCACGUGUGAGCUGUGCAAAGAAAAGCUGCACCUGAACAUUGAGAACUUUGACAUCAACGAGCUGCACAGGACACAUGAGAGGGUGAGGGGACGUUCAGUUAACCCCAGACAGUAAUCUCCUAGUCAGCCAUUAUCUGUUAGACUGUGAAUGGGAAACGCUCCGCAGAGAAUCACUCCUGUGCUGCUCAUUCAACUGUAGAAUACCAGAAUGAACACUAAAAACAAGUGUUCCGUAAAAUGUUCCCUUUAAGGUUUAACCCCCUAGGACCCAGUCCUAACUUGAGUUUAAGGCAUAUCUGCAGUUUAAGUGACUGCUUACUUUAUUUCCCUUUCUGUCCAGUCUGAGUAUGAGUUCAUCAGUUGUGGCCUUUACCUGGUGGUGUUGCUUCACCUGUGUGAGCAGAGGUUCUCUGAUGUGCUAGGAGCUGCCAACGACGCAGGGGUAAUAACGCAUGCCUACACUCGACACCAUGCCAAAACAAUUCUCAACAUCAUUCAUUGGCGCUGUGCGCAGAGGAGUCAUUUUGAAUGUUAAGCCCAAGGUUCUUCUUUGGCCUCCAAUAAUUCACUUACUAUUGUAUUGGGAAAAAAUACUUAAUUCACAUGUAGUAGGAUUCAUUGUUUAAAAAAAUAUUUCCCCCUCUCUCGCUCAGUUUUUCAACCUGGCGAGAACCCUUCACGAACACAUGGACAAUCUUGAAAGUACGUUCUUGAAUAAUAUCUCCCCAAUGCUGUGAUCACAUGUUUUAAUAACUUGAUACAAGGCUGUUAGUCAAACUACCCCCCCCCCCCCCCCCCCCCCCCCACUGUUAAUGAAUUGAUGGGUAAGUAUUUGAUUAUAUUGACCUUCUCUGAUGUUAAAGGUCCAUACGUAGCAUGACAAGAGCUCUGCACAGAUUUUUUUUGCCCAGCAAAACUGCUGUGAAUAAUUACCCUUCAGUUAGCUAGGCACAAGGUCAUCUUAGUGGAGGUUAUUAGAUGCGUUGAUAUCAUGGUGUGCACUGCAGUAUUCCUGACUGACAAUUAAAUGGUCUUAAUAUUUUACUUUCGAACGCAUUCUAAACUAAAAGACAUUUUGCAACUGCGUUCUUUAUUCAAAAAUAAAUAAUGAAAUUCACUACUAAUAAACCAGUCUCAGGUUUGACUGAUAAUUGUUUUCUCCGCUGCAGGCUCUUAUGGGGAGUCGGAUGAAGAGGAGGUGGUUGAUACCCGGCCGUCAAUUGAUUUCUGUGACCUCGAUGAAGACCUGGAAGAGGAGUAUAAUUGAGUGAAGGGGAUAAGGAAAAAAGAUGGGGGGGUGGGGGGAGACAGAGUUGGAGUUACCUUGCAGUAGCAACCCAAUCUGUUGCUCUGUUUCACCUCAUGUGAUUUUACUGAGUGCAAUGGCUUGUGGGAUGAUCAACAAAAAAAAAGCCAAUGCCAAGUAGAUGGGAAGUCACGCCUGACGUAGAGGUAAUGAUGUCAUAGAUAUGCAGACAGAGGUGAGGAAAUGCUUUAUAUUUCCUUUCCUUUUGGUCUCCAGAUUUGAGUGGGCUUUAUUCCGUUAAAAUGCAAGUUGUCUUUUUGAACUGUUAUACCACGAGUGCUUGAAACAUUUACUGAUCUAAAAAAUCAGAUCUGGCCACCGUGGUGAGAUAUUGUAAAAACAAAAAGGAGAUGGAAUCAUGAACACAAUACUGGUUUGUUAGUUUAGCGGUUUGGGAGAAGGAAAGGGUUCUGUUUAGGGGAGAAUAUAUCAAGAAGUGGCAAAUUAUUCCCUUUACCAAUUUUCUUUUCCUAUGUGAAUUUUCCUUUCCUUUUUGAAGCAAGUUUUUAAAAAAUAUGUAUGUGGAAGAAGGUGCCAACUUUACUUUUCACAGCCGAAUAAUUGACAGUUUAUUAACAUUUGUUCCGUUUUUCUGUCUGUUUUCAAUGUCUGCGGUAUGAAAAUGCUAUUUUGCUUGGCCCUAAAACUUGUUUUCAUGAUUGAAUUAUUGCAAUAAAGUUUUGAAUGUACA